UGAAUGAACUGAAAUGAAAUUAAGUCGAAAAAAACAAACCCUAAAUGACCCAUAUUUUCUUGCAACAAGUAUUUUUUUUACAUUUUUAGUUCUUUACCCAUCUAUAAGUCUAUUGAACGUUCACGAAUCACGAUAAUGCAACAUACUUCGCUCAACUGUUGAAACUUGAAAGUGCAACCAUGCAACAACAACUACAAACUCAAAACCAAAUUCAUCAACAAAAGAAGUUCAGAAUUACCCAAAAUUAUUCCCAGAAAUCCUAAAUUAAUUCCAAAUUCGUCCGAAAUUUUCAGUAAAAUGGUGCCGAAGAAGUUCAAAAUACCGUCGAUUUCUUCCCAGAAAAGUGCCGUCAAAUCGCAACCAGUUAGAAGUUUGUGGGUCGCUUUGCUUGCUGCAAUGUUGGAGGAAAAAAAUCUAUGAUCUGAUUUGGAAGACCCUUCUGAUAUGAAGUAGAUUGCUAUUACCUGCAACAUCAGUGAUGAACACUUCUAUGGAUGGUAUAUUGGAGGCAGAGGAGCUGUCAACUUCUAUAGAUGGAUUGAGUGAUUCUGAGUUCUCUUCACAGGAUUCUGCGGAUGAUGAAUUUUACAGUGAAGCAGGCUCCCAAACCAAAUUGCAAUUCAGGAGUGUUGUCUUUAAGGCUUGUUGGAAUGAUGAAAUGGGUGUGGCUGAGAUCAUGAAACACAAGGGCAAUUUGUUGAAAUCAAUGGGGAUUAAUCGUAAUGGCAAGAUAUAUCUUUCAAUUGAAGAGACUCUGUUUUUAGUACAAAUAGGGGCAUUGCUUCUUGUUGAUGAUCAAAAUACUGCACUUUCUUUAAGAGAGAUCUAUCCGAAAGUUGAAGAAGACAAGAGUGGUUGCAGUUGGGAAGGUUUCAAAAUAUAUCAGCAUCUUAAGUCUCUUGGCUACAUUUUAGGGAGGCUUGGCACUCCAUGGAGCCUGAAGAGCGUAAAGAGUUGCACACUGGUUCCUGAUAAUACAUCCGAAAAUGAUAAUUCAACACAAAUUCUAGUUGCUGGGACUUCCAUUGUUCAAUCAUUGAAAAAUUUGCAACUUAAGGAAGCAGGUCCUUAUUCUGAAGAUGAUCUUCUAAAUAGUGUUAAGAUGACAUUUUCUGAAAAAUCAAGAUUUGUUGUCCAUUUACCUGUUUAUGAAGUUUAUCUUCCAAACAGCCAGUUCAAGAAGACAUGUCCUGGAGAUCCAAAUUUUGUUGUCUAUCCUUCCAGUGGCCAUCCACCUUCACUAUCUGAUAUCAAAGAACUGGAGAGACAAAGCAAUGGAUUUCCUUUCAAAAUUGGUCAUGUAGAUGAUGGACGAGUUAGUUUGUUCUCCUUUGACAAAAUGGAGCUUCCUGUCUUAUCGUGAUUGCAUGAAUUAUAGUUUCUAAGCACAAGGUACAGGGAAUGGACAAAGACUUUUUUGCAUUAAUUUUGUGAUCUCAAAAAAUUUCCCUUUUUUUUUAUAAUGUAUUGCAGAAGCCUGGGUGGAAUCCACAAGCAUCUCUGUCAUUCAGUGAUAGUUUUUAGGUUUUGGUUGAGCUGUGUUAGUGGUUUGGUUUGGGCGCUGUAGUGGUGGCUGCGGAGAGGAGAGAUCUAGUGGGGGUGGCGAGGCGGCAUGGUGAUGGCAGGCUGAAAGCAGUGAUGUGUGGAGUGUUGGUGGUGGCUUGCAGUUGUGGUCAGAUGCAUGGAAUGGUGGCGACAAGUUAGCAGCUAUGAUCAAAUGGGUUGCUACUUGCUAGUGGUAGGGUGGAUGUCUUUGCUGUGAAUAGCAAUUCACUUCUCCUUAUGAAAGCCUAACAAUACAAUUGAGAUCGUCUAGUACAGAGUCAAGAUGUUGAUACUUGGUGAUAAAUUAUAAAGGAUCUUUUUCUUUUUACCAAGUGUGAAUUACCAAACCUAUUUCUUUCUUUUUUUCCCCUUUUGGCAGUGGGAAAUCUUUAAUACUACUUGUAAUUUCUCAAGUUUAUUAAUGUAAUUAAUCAAUGAAGAUUAUGGUUUGUACUCACUUGAUUACAUAUUCUAAUAGCAUAAUGAUCAAAGGGUGAUCA